AUGUCUUGUAAAAUAUUUUAUAUUUUUUUAGUCUACUACAAUAUAUUUUCUGUACAUUCGAAGCCAGGUGAAAAGUUUGAGCGUAUUUUGUAUGGAGAGAUAGCGCGUAUUGAAGAUUUUCCAUACUUUGCUGGGCUUGUAAAUUGUGGGGCUGCAAUCAUAUCAGAUCGACACUUAAUCACUGCUGCCCAUUGCUUUGACGAUGCCAGUAUCCGUUUAUACAUAAGAUACGCUUAUGUCGGUGGCGAAACAAAGAAGAAUAGCCAAGUAGUAAAGUAUAAAAAUGUAAUCAUACAUCCAGGUUAUGUAACGUACGGUGGGGUGCCGUUUAAUGACGUCGCUAUAAUUGAGCUGGCAGCACCGUUGAGGUUUUCUAAUAAGGUGCAACCUCUAAGACUUCCUGAGCAAAUGGGCAAUCGUAAGACGUCUAUGGUGUUUGUUGGGAGGGGGAUUGAUGAGACAGGUGAAGAAUCGAAGGAAAUUAAAAGUAUGAACGUCGAAGGGUUGACUGUAAAAGAGUGUAUAUCCCUGAUACCGCCAUAUUACCGAAAGUACUUCCAACAGUAUCUGGACAUAUUGGCUAAAAUGAAUAUCUGUGCAAAGAGGCCUGGCAAUAGACCCGGAAUGUGUAAUGGUGAUUCAGGCAGUCCAUUAGUAGAAGAUGGCGAGCUGGUUGGCUUGGCGUCAUUUGGUGGUGCAGAUUGUUCGACUAAUCGACUGGGCUUCUAUACCAAUGUCGCAUACCAUAUCGAAUGGAUCAAACUUGUCACUGGAUUGUAG